GUCAAAGAAACAGGAAUACUGAAGGUGGAGUGUAUGACGUUGUUCAGAAAAAGGGAGGGGAGAGAGGGAGAGAGAGAGAGAGAGAGAGAGAAAGAAAGGAAGAACUUUUCCGAAUGUUUUUCCCUCUCCCCCUCCUUUUAGUUUAAACAAACAUUACGGAGAGAGAGAGAGUGUGUAAAUCUUUACAAAAAAAACUUGCAAGGCUGUUUGGAUGGGAAAUGAAUGACUGAUAAACCGAAAGAGGAAGAGAGAAAGAAAAGAAGAAGGGAAAAUAAACACUCAGCGAACGUCUUCAGUCCAGUGUAACAGAUGACGGCAUUAAAAAUUGACAGUGUGAAGCCUGGGGCCUGUUGACAGACUAGAGCGUUGCAGCAACUUCCUUGACCAUGACAUCAGAACUGGACUCUAGUUUGACCAGCAUCGACUGGCUCCCAAAUCUGGGAAUGAGCAGUCUCCGCUCAGGAAAAGAACGAGGGGAGAGAAAGCGAGAGCGAGGAAGAGAACGAGAUACGCCCCCGUCCAUCCCGUCCUCCUCCCCUCCACCAAACUCCUCCAAGGGGAAACCACCACAUAGUUAUGCCACACUCAUAGCAAUGGCAAUAAGCUCGGCUCCGGAGAGAAAGCUGAGUCUGAAUGACAUCUACACAUGGAUCAGUGACACCUUUCCAUUCUACAGCAGAGCAGGAAGAGGCUGGAAGAAUUCAAUUCGACAUAAUCUCUCCUUGAAUAAGUGCUUCCGGAAAGUUCCAAGACCACAGAGCGACCCUGGGAAGGGUUCUUAUUGGACCAUGGAUGGACCACCUGACCAAUAUCAGUCUAGAGGUGCAAAAAGGCCUUAUCCUACAAGCGAUGAAGAGACGGAGGUCGCUGAAAAACCUCCACUUGCCAUGGACAAAACACAUCUCAGUCAGACGGAGCCUCUCCCUCUCCCUCCAGCCGACGUCAAAACUACUCUGUCUCCACCUCCAUGCAAGCGUCCACCCCCUGCCCCGUUAAAUACAGCCCCUGCUGCCUCUGUGCCCUCAGCUGAGCAGCCGCUGCGCUUCUCCUUCGCUGAUCUCAACCUGCCAGACCUCUACAAUUCAUUUCAGUCUCUCUAUCGCUCUGUGAGAGAGAGAGUCACUUCACAGUCGGAUGCCUCCAGUCUGCUUGGUAUACCGGGUGACAUUGCACCGCUCCACACACCAACGCUGCCACCUCUGUCACCUCACCCCUGCCCCAGCACUAUUCCACCCACACACGUGGUCACCAGCCUCACCCCUAACAUGAACCCGAGUUUCCCUUCUAAUCAAAAUGUCGAGCCUGACCGACAGCUCCACAACAACGUAGUCUCGACAGACUGGUUCAGUAAUGCCGAGUCUUUAAGAGAGAGCUUCAGAAUUGCGAGUAGUUUGGACUGGUCUAAUAUAGAUCUCACCAAUCACCCUGACCUGGUAGAGAGCAUGCGUCAGGCAGAACUCUGCGAUUGGGCGCUGGAUCCGGCCGUCUUCACCUCGCUUUGUGAUUCACUCAACCGCUUCUUCACUCACAGGGGCAUAAUUGGCUCAGCGUCGGGCAGCUCGUCCACUCUGAGCCAGAUAGCUUCACCUCUAACCAACAUGCCACCUGGCACUCAUCCAGCCCUGUCGCAUUUAACACAACCCUCUCCACUUAGCUUACCUCCCCAGCUCCCGCACUGUAGCGGCUCUCAGUCUGUUCAGAGCCACAGGAAAACUCUGACACCUCAAAACCACAGUCAGAAUUCACAGAGGAACCUUGAAGCCCAGCCAGCUGUUAGCCAGCCUCUUCCCUCCAAUGCUCUUCCAGCACAACCUCUGACACCUCGAAAUCGACCCCCAAUGAAGCAGCUCCACAGCAACAGUGAAGAGAUUCAGGAUGACUUUGAUUGGGAUUCACUGAUUGUGUGAACAUUUGCUGAAUCUUCUGGACUUUGUGGAACAAUUUAAAAUACUGCAGAGAUUUAUUUAUCAAGCUGAGCGCGCAUGUUUGAAAUCUGAAAAUAUAAAAUUCCAGUAUAUGUUUGUGUAGUGGCGGCUCUUCUAUAUCUGUCUCUCUCUCUACAUACUCCAAAGAAAUCCGCAUUCAGAAGACAAUGCAUUGUAAAUUCGGUUGAAAUACUAAUUACCUCUUCUGAAUGGCCAACAAUAGAAAAUGACUUACCUAUUUGAUAAUUUAUAACUGAUGUUCCAGUCGCUCACAUUUCUACAUCGAGCCCCCUAGUGGUCAACUAGAGGCCCACUGGUAUUACACAGGUAUUACAAAGAGUUACCAGUACACCAAAAUCUAAAUUAAUAAUAAUAAUUCAAAUUAAAUAAAAUACUCACCAGCUGCCAAGAUCUUAUUUUGAAGCAAGUUGUUGUUCUCUAGCUUCUCCCUGUUCAGGGUCGCCACUGCUAAUCAUCUGAUCCGCACAUUUUUGAUUUGGCACAAGUUCUACCCCAGAUGCCCUUCCUGAUUCAAUCCUCCCAUUUUAUCCGGGCUUGGGACGGUUAACCCCUAAAGCGCACAGGUUUAUUCUGUGCCCGGGUAUCAAGCCCGUGCCACGGCAGUGAGAGCACAAGAUCCUGCCUCAGGACCACCAGGGAUCUUAUUUGGAGCAAGUAAUUGUAAUUAAAUCUAUUAAAACUUUCAGCAAACAGUGACAAAGUGUAAGUACACGCAGUGUGGGUGUACAGAACUGUCAUCAUCUUAUGAUUGUAAGGCAAAAGAGGGAAAGCAGAAUCAUGUCUAUAGAUCAGAAAUGUUAGUACACCGCAGUGACCUUGUUGCCCAAACAAAGGCUGAAGGGGGGGUAAGAAAAAUUUCUCCCUGCUACUAGACAGUAAGAAGUAGUUAGCUUUCAGCUGCCUAUUACGGUGUCAUUCUAUAGCAUAAGUCAAGUGGUAUAGUCUCUCAACUUAAUUUUGUUUGACAUUGUGUCAUUAUUAAUAUCCAAUAUAUAUAUUUUAUAUUAUAUAUAUAUAUAUAUUUAUAUAUAUUUAUAUUAUAUAAUGUUCAUGAGCUGCUGUUAGUUCUAUGCUGCUACUUUCUAGCAGUAGUAGUAGAGGUACUGUGUUUUACCCACAACCAGGAGACAAAUUCAAGUUGGUCUGCUAACCUGGAUGCAUUUAGAUACUAUACAUGGAGGAACAGUUUUUACUAUUCAUAAUACUGAUAUAUGAACACUGAUCAUUAUUGUGAAACAUUUGGAGAUGAUUUGGUGCAAAUGCUGUCUACACUUCUAUGAAUUGGACCAAUGUUUUCCAGCUUUGUCUACUCAGUAAAUCAUUAUACUACAAUAAAUGGAGAAAAGAUUUAUCGUAUAAAAUAUAAGUAUGAGAAAUAUUCCCUCCAAAUUGCAAACAAAGCCAUCAAAAUCAUAAAAAUAUUCUUAAUUAUUCACUAGCGUAACUUUUUUUUUUUUUUUGCUUGUUAUCUUUGUAGGCUUUUCAGAUGAACUCACUAUUUUGACUAGUUAUACAUUUUUUUUUAAUUGCAAUUGAAAGUGCUUUUGUAUGUAAUGCUUUUUUUUUUUUUUUUUGGCUAAGCUUACUAAAUGUAAGUCUAAUGGGUGGCUGGGGCUGCUUCAGUGUAUUGUGACUGAAUAUCAUGUGUGAGAACAGUUCAAUGUUUUCAACUCUCUCGAAUUAUUUUAGCACUUCCUUUGCAAAUGUUAACUUCCUGAAUUCUAAAUAAAUCAGGCAGCACAAUUUUCUAAGCCUUGCACUCCAAAAAUGAAAAAAAGAAAAAAAAAGAGCACAGCUCAAAAAAUGAUUUGAAAAUGUCUAAAGAAGGUCUGGGUCCUGAAUUCGUUGGAACACUUGCAAAAAGAGAAAUGGAUUUAAAAAAAAAUAAAAAAAACAAGAAAAUAACCCACUUUUUUUUUUUUUACAUUUAUUUUUUUUUUCCUCCUCCAUUUUUUUGAAAUGUGAAUAUUCACAGUCGACACCAUAAUCUUUUUUUUUUUUUUUUUAAGCUUACCCAGUAUAAGAGAUAUCUUCAUAUAUAAAAUAAUUCAUCAAAAGUAAAUUAAGAAUAACAGCAUGGAUUGUUAUUCAGUCCCCCAAAUUAGCAUUUCAAAUUUUGCAAAUGUUUCAUCCAGGUCACAAUUUGUUUUAGAAGCAUUUAAAGUCCACCCACCCCAUUUUGUUUCAGAAACAUACGGGAAAGACAUGGUGGGUGGUGAAAUGUGAGAAUAAAAUCUUGUGUCCCGUGUGACAGUUCUGACUAAUGCUUCAAGUCUUGACUAAUGCUUCCAAAAAAAAACAAAAAAAAAAAAAGGGUGAAAAAAUGACAUCAACACUAAAUACAGAUGCC